CCACGAGACCUAUAUUUCGUUCCACUGUGCUUUACCGUACUGAGUUGCCUUUACCUUUGUAAUUUUAUAAUCUAGUGGUAGUAUAAGUGAGUGUUUACUUUUAAGACCAUGUUGCUGUUUAUGGGCUAACCUCGGCUGCAGAGCUAGACAUCUAGCUAGAUAAUAUGUUUAGCGAACAGGGUGGCGUUGUGCGCGCAAUUUGGUGGAUGCUAGCAGCACUGAAAGUGGUAUCUGCUGGAAUCUCAUGUCUUAGUAACCCUUGCUUACAUGGCAUUUGUAUUGACGACAUCAACAGUACAUACUCAUGUUAUUGUGUGGAUGGAUAUACUGGGGUGCAGUGCCAAACGAAUUGGGAUGAGUGCUGGUCGUCCCCCUGUCAGAAUGGAGGCACGUGUAUCGACGGCAUAGCCUCAUAUAAUUGCUCCUGUCCCGAUGGAUUUAUUGGGGACAACUGCGAGACGAAUUACAACGAAUGUGAAUCGAACCCGUGCCUCAACAAUGGCACUUGUAUCGACAUGACCAACGGAUACGUGUGCUCCUGUAUCCCGGGCUUCUCUGGACACCACUGCGAGGUGGAUGUGGCUGUAUGCAACACCACCGAGGAGGUCCGAUGCUACAACGGAGCCAAGUGUAUCGAGGGGCCUGGCUUUAAGUUUUAUUGCGAAUGUUUGCCAGGUUGGGCCGGACGAUUUUGCGAAGAACAAAUCGAUGAAUGCCAAUCGAAUCCUUGCCAGAACGGUGGAGUUUGUAUCGAUGUUCAUGCUGAUUAUAUGUGUGCCUGUACAUUUGGUUACACAGGCAAAAGUUGUGAAGUACAGAUAGAAUUCUGCGAUGAAAAUUCUUGCAGUAACAAUGCACUAUGCGUGGUGGAAGAGGGCAUGCGAGUAUGCUACUGUGUACCCGACUAUCAUGGGGAACGGUGUGAGCUCCAAUAUGACGAGUGUCUGCUAGGACCAAGAUGCAUGAAUGGAGGUACUUGCAUUGACGGUGUUGAUAACUUCACAUGCUCGUGUCCUCCAAAACUCACAGGAACUUUAUGCGAAUGUUUGAUACUAGACGAUGGUUCCUAUGAUUGUGAAUAUGUUAGUCCUACGCCACUGCCUGCAUCUACGCAAUCUGUCUUAUUGACUACUAUGCACGAAGACAUAACUGAUAUAACUACGUCAUACUCAACGACUUACAAUGAUACAAUAGCAAAAACAAUAACAACAACAGAUACUGAACUUUUGACCACUACAACAAUUGAAAUGACCACCUCCACAGAAAUAACUGAAAAAUCAACUAAAGAAAGUGUUACCAAAGUAACUGAUAAAACGAAAGGAGAUCAAACUGAUGAAACAACUGAAACAGCUAAAACAACAGUUGUGGAACCUGUGACAGAGAAAGAAGUUACCGAAACAUCGGAAACACAAAGUAUAAUAACGAUAGAAUCAGAUAACUCAAAAACAGAAACAACUACGCAAUGUAAAGAAGGUUGUGAGCAAACAACAACUUCAGUUAAAGUUGUAGAUGGAACCAGUACAGAAAUUACUAAAGUGGAUACUGUAGUAACUCAAGUUGUAGAAAUUACUGAAGUAACAAUACCUACAACAGAGUCAACCAUACCUAUUACUAAAUCAACUGCUGAAGAAACAACAGCUGAGAUAACUACUACACCUAAAGGUGACAUAACAACAGAGAAAAUGUUUACAGACAUUCCUACUGAACAUCCAAGUACAGAAAUUCCUACAUCCUACGUAACUUUAACGACAGAAUCUAUGGAACCAGUGACAGGCACCGAUAAUACAACAUAUGCAUAUACCACUGUACAAUCAGAGUGUACUGACAGCGUCUGUAAUAAUAACGGAAAUUGCAUCACCUCUCCACAUGGUAUCAGAUGUCACUGCAACUUUAAUUAUGCGGGAAGAUUCUGUGAAGAGAAAAUAACAAUUUCUUCAGCUGCUUUCGGAGGGAACUCAUUUAUAACACAUAAACUACGCAACAGUACUUCUAUCGAUAUAGAAUUCAAUGCGAAGACUCUUAUAACAGAAGGACAAAUAAUGCACGUCGAUAUAGCUAAAGGUGUCUACAUGCAACUGUAUAUGAUAUCGGGAUUGUUAAAAUUUAAAUUUUCUUGUGGAUAUCAAACGAUGUUGUUGAGUGAAUUGAAGACGUUUGUUAAUAAAGGUUAUCCUAUGAAGAUUGAGACUAGGCUAGAUUUGUACCCAAAAGAGCAAUACUGUAAUGCUACUCUUCGUUUAAACGACACAGUUGCAAUGAGUGGCGGACAAGUGGCAAAUAUAAGUUCCAUUGACCACAAUGCCACUCUACAUCUGGGUAAUACGAUUGAUGAUAGAGAUCUUAAUAAUAAACCUUUUAUUGGUUGCAUCAAGGAUUUAAUGGUAAAUGGUGAGGAGCGCGAAGUAUUCGGUGACGCGUUCUUAGCUGGUGAAGUAAGUGAGUGCGGUUCGCUGUCGUGUUUGUCGGCGCCUUGCCUCAACGGUGGCUCCUGUAGCGAUCAUGGCGACACAUACACCUGCUCCUGUCCUAAUGGAUGGAUGGGCGAGCAGUGCAAGCAGUCGGUGUGUGAGCACAGCCCGUGCGAAGCAGGCGGCAGCUGCGUGCGACACCCCGGCACUGGUUUCCUCUGCCUCUGUCCCUACGGGAGACAUGGAAUAUUCUGCGAACACAAUGUGGAAAUAACGCGUCCGUCAUUAGCUCCGAUCAGUGCCGGGAUAUCAUCCUACCUCCUGUACCCACUAUCACCAGCGGCUGUACACUCGGACCGCUUCGAUCUGCGUCUACGUUUCCAUACAACCGACAUGGACCAAAUAUCACUAUUGGCUUUCGUCGGGCAAGCCGGACGGCACGACUCGCGCAGUCAACAUUUGGCGUUGACCUUCGUUAAGGGAUAUAUUAUGCUAACUUGGAAUAUGGGCAGUGGUCCGCGACGCGUGUUUACGUCGCGCGCGCUGUCGGCCCGUCGCGGUGGCCACGCAGUGCGCGUGUGGCGGCGUGGCCGCAGCGCUGGCUUCAGCGUCGACGGCCGUCACAAUGCCUCGGGAAACGCGCCCGCGGCCGACACGCACAUGACGCUUUUACCGUAUCUCUACAUCGGUGGUCAUCCAUCCGAGGGUUUCGCAACACUGCCGCACGACCUGCCGCUGCACAGUGGCUGGCGCGGCUGCGUAUGGGACGUGUCUGGCUCGGUGUCCGGCGGCGGUGCUGGAUCGAGUCGCGCGCUCGCCGGACGCGGCGCCGGACAGUGCGGCGUCGCGCAAUGCACUGCCAAAUCCUGCAACGCACCUAAGGGCGUCUGCAUACAAUCUCCUGCUACUUAUGGAUGCAUUUGUAACGAAGGUUGGUUCGGGCCUACUUGUUCGUCCAAAAGAAAUCCGUGUGAUAGUUUUGUAUCAAAAUGUCAAGGAAGAUGCGUUAUAACUACUAAUAACGAUGCCCAGUGUGACUGCCCUUAUGGAAAAGCUGGAACAAAUUGUGAUCAAGAUCUGAUACCAACAGACGUCCUAUUCACUGGCAUUAGAUCGUACAUCAGCUUACACCCACGUACGAUAUCCAGCGUGAGUGUAUCACUGGAAGCUGAGAUCAAGCCAUCCAAAGAACGCGGAUUGGUACUGUUUGGGGAGACACCACACUUCUACACCACGCUGUCGAUGCAGGGCGGACUGCUGGAGUAUCGAUGGAUAGAUCGUGUGUCAGGCAUGACCUCGCUGGUGCGGAGCGGGGUGGUCCUGUCCAUGUCACAGUGGCAUAACGUGAAGGCGGGCCGCUACGGAAGCCGGCUGUACGUAUGGGUGGACGGCGCCCUCAGCACAGAAGCCAUGCUCGCGCAUGCGUACCCGCACACCGCUAGCAACGCUUCUAUACAUCUAGGAGGCACGAAUGAUUUAUCGAUGUUGCCGUUCGAUGCAAUGUCUGGACCGCCGGAAUCAUUUACGGGCUGCAUCAGAAAUCUCCACGUCAAUAACAUAUUACUGCCUCUCGAACCACAGAAUAUACGAGAGGGCCGUAACGUUUUGGAUUGCGAUGGUACGGUGUGCGGCGGGGAGACCUGCGGCGGCGGCGCUUGUAGCGUGCAGGCGGGCCGUGCGCACUGCGCUUGCUCGCCCGCGGGCUCUACCGGCACUAGUGGCGCCACCGGUGGUGCCACAACUGCACGCUGCCGCCGCCACGCCGCAUGCACGCCCGCUACUUGCACGCCGCCCGCCGGCGUCUGUAGAAAAGGCACUUGCAUCUGCGCCGCGGGAUUCGCAGGACUUAAUUGUGAAUCUCGUAUAAACAUCACGGUACCGCAGUUCAACGGUGAAUCGCUCAUGUCUUUGGGGCGGCGGUCUGCUUCGAGACACAGCGGACAGCAGCGCGUCGUGCUGCAGAGACCUGACUACCUCACUCUUAAUUUUACUACCGCCGAACCCAAUGGACUACUCGUGUGGUUAGCCAUGGAUUACGAUUACUUGGGCAUAGGUUUAGAAAAAGCUUUUCUCAAGCUAGUGUGGUGUUUUCAACACAACACCACGCAAGAACUAAUUGAAGAACGAAAUUCAGGAUCGUCUCAAGUCGUUAUAAGAUCGGUGCCAAAAGCUGGUUUCUUAUCGGACGGAGAGUGGCACACUCUUGUUUUAAGGCUGGAGAAAAACAACAUUUUGGUGACCGUUGACCAAGCACUGGCCUAUGUUGAAGAGCCAGGAUUAAACAGUAAUGUGAAAUAUGGUGAUGUUGAUGUAUAUAUAGGUGGCAUAACAGAGGACGAUAGUAAAUUGGCAAAGAAGUGGUUCCCACAAAAUUUCAAAGGCUGCAUCGACCACAUAUCAACAAGUCCCGAAAUAUACGUGACCAACUAUACAGAAGUGUACAGCGAAAAUGUGAAAUCGUGCCAACUAUUCCCAAUAUAACCAUACUACCUGCUCGACGGCGUUCGAAAUAUUUUACCUAAGAGUAAACUCCAAAUUCACUGCCUUAUUAGAGGAAAUAAAUAGAAUGUAAUGCUUUUUUAUAAUCGCUAUAUGUAUUUUUAUAGUACAGUCUAGAGCAGUGGUUUCUAAAUUUCUGGCCAAGGAACAUUCAAUAUUUUCAAACGAUUUCAAAAAGAAAAACGUUCUCAAAGCGGUUGUAUUUUUUUUUUAUGUUUAUUACUUCGUAACUCCAUCAGUUGGAAACCGAUUUGAUUUUUUUUUAUAUGAAAGGAUGUACUUACAAAUGGGUACCAUAGAAAUGUAUUUAAAAUCAGUUCCGUAGUCUGUUACAAAAAUUACAAAUACUCAUAAAUGUUCUUAUUUUUCCACGGCACCCUUGGCAACCACAAAACCUACUUUAGAAAAUACUGGUCUAGAAUAAUUUUCUAAAGAGGUUCUCCUACCUAAACCAAAGGCAGAAGGGAGAGAGGGGAUUGUUAAUAGCGGCAGCUAGUGGCCCCAAUAUAGCAAUAUACCUUGUCAGGUCGACUUUACAUGGCUCCCCCCUGAAAACCAACGUAAUUAAUUCUUAAUGAAUUUGUCACGAUGGGCUAUCUGACCUGCUCUUAUCCUCACCUAUCAUUACUUGCUGAUGCCCAAUCAGGGUAUACGAAGUGUUUCAAUCAUCUAUAAAAAAAAUGGCAUAAGGCACAGGGCCCAUGAGUUCAUAGAGCUCAUACAAGUCUUGUGUAGUCAAAAUACUCAUAGUACAAAGAUUUUUCUAGUCUUCAUAUCGGACCAAAAUUGUGUCUUAAUAAUGUACUUGUUAACGUUUUACUUCUCUAUUUAAAUAAUUUUAAGGUACCUAAGUACUGAUUAUACCGCCAACG